AUGGAGCUCCAGAUGCAAAGAAUGUGGAACGUGUACGAUUGGGAUACGAACCUAGAAACAUACCCUCGAAAUAUCGACGCGAGGUUGAGCUUGGACCUUCGUUAUGCAUACGCUGCAAGACAAUACGGAUCGAUCGGUGGCAGGUACUAUAUCACGCCUUGGUAA